AUGGCUCUUAUCAAUCAAGAACAGGCAGCAGAACAUUACGCGGUUGCUGAGACGCAUAUGGCGGGUUUAAAGAAGAUAGUGGACCUUCGUGGUGGGCUGGAGAAUAUCGAAGAUGCUGUCGUUGCUGUCAAGAUGUGUCGGACUGAUAUUCUCUUCGCCAUGCAACAAGACGGACGCCCGUUGUUUCAUCGAGAUCAUAUAUGUCACAUAAAACUCAAUUUGGCACACAAGGGAUUCACUUUACAGCAAGACUCGGCUGCAUACCACAGCAGACUUGACCCAAUUCUACAAGAAGCAUUAUCCGACGCCAUGGGGUUGUGCAGACUGCUCAACAAACACCAGGAUGAGAAGCCUCUCGAUCUCCUUGAAUUUCAAGAAGUCUUAGUAUCCGUCUGCUAUCGACUGCUAGAAUUUCGUACAAUUAACGAAGCUAGGCUCAGGCAGGAUACUCAGUCUACUUACCAUAUCGGGUUAUCCCUAUUUAUGAUGUCGAUCUACUUUAACAAUAAGCAGGAUCGCAUGGCUCGGCCGGGACUUAUCAAGACUCUUGUGGAGGAAGCCAUGGAUUCCAACUCGAACGAGAGUGAGGAUGAGUUCAAGUUCUGGCUUCUUAUCUUGGGAGGAAUUUCAGUUCCAGCUAGGGAUGGUCGUGGGUGGUUUGUUGAGACAGUUCGAGAGCAAGCUUCAUUACUUGGCAUCAUGACUUGGGUACAGGUCAAGGAAUGUUUAGCGAGGUUUCCGUGGAUGGAUGCUAUCCAUGACGAACCAAGUCGGAAGUUAUGGGACCUAGUCCGCUUGGUAGACGAGUAA